AUGGUGCUUCUGCAGGCCUGUCAGAUGCACAGUUCCAUCCCAAGCCUGGGCAGGGUGAUGGUGUUCCUCGCAGCAGCCCUGGCAUCAGCCUCCUUUGCUAUCCCUGAAGACUGGGGAGAGGAAGGCGUGCAGUAUGGACAGCUGGGGACAGACGUGACCCUGUCAUGCCCCGGUGCCCGUGCCAGCUCAGCAGUGCGAUGGAGGCGAGCGGGCGCCGCGGCGCUGCCGGAGGGCUCAGUGAUCCAGCAGGGAUCCCUGGUGCUGCCGAGCGCCAGCCCGGCCCUCGGGGGCACAUACAGCUGCCACAGCGAGGACGGCAGCCUCCUGCACUCCGUGUCCCUGCGUCUGGGGCACCUGCCUGGAGUUCCCUUUGUGUCCUGCAGAGCAUCUGACUAUGAGAAUUUCUCUUGCUCCUGGACCUCCAGUGUGGAGACCUUCCUUCCCACCAGAUACAUCACCACAUACAGGAAGAAAUCCCUGACAGGCGAAGAAAAGCGGAGGAACAAGAAUGGGCACGUGGGGCUGUGCCUGCAGGAUCCGUCCCACCCCGGCACCUGCACCGUCCACAGGUCAGAGUUCUGGAGCUCCUACCGCCUAAACAUCACCGAGGUGAACCCCCUGGGCUUCAGCUACCGCCUUCUUGAUGUCACCAUGCAGGCCAUCAUUAAGCCAGACCCUCCAGAGGGCUUGGUGGUGGAGCCCAUCCCCCUGGCCCCACGGCGGCUCCAUGUGAGCUGGAAGUACCCUUCCUCCUGGCCAAAGGAACCCCACUUCCAGCUACGGUUUCGGCUCCAGUACCGACCCGUCAUCCACCGUUCCUGGUCCGUGGUAGAGACGGUGAAUCUGUCAGAGGUUAUCACGGAUGCCUUCGCCGGGCUGGAGCACGUGGUCCAAGUCAGUGCCAAAGAUUUCCUGGAUGCGGGGAAUUGGAGCGAGUGGAGUGCUGAGGCCCGGGCAACGCCAGUCAGAGACCUGGCCUCCACAGCAAGUGAAGAAACCACUACAGAUGCCAGACUGGAGAGCCUGGCUGAGGAGCCCUCCCAGGCUCCCAACCCUGAGCCCAUCAAUGGCAGUGACCCCUUGGAGAAGAUGGCCGUCCUGGUGUCCCUUGGGAUCUUUGCCUUCUUCAUCCUGGCUGCCGUUCUUGUCAUCACCAUCCUCAUCUGGCUCCGGGUGAGGAAACAAGGCAAGGACAAGACCAAACCCAGCUUUUUGGUUGCUGCCACCCACUUGAAGGCACUACCAAAAGCUCAGAUCCUGUAGUGAGCCCUGGCCGAUCCCUGCUCCCUGCACCCACUUGCCCACGCGUGGGACUUGAUGCCACUGCUGGCCCCAAGGAGCCCACGCCUCCACAGCUGUGGACAUUGCCGGAGCCCCCAACACCCCGGGGUUGCAGGAUGGAUCCUAAGGAGAGAGGCUCUGCUCUCGGGAGCGUUGGACUGCCUGGGCCCACCAGGAGCCAGCUGGAGUCACUUCAGGCUCAGGGUGACAGGCCAGCUCCACCUCUGAGCGCUGCUAAACCAAUGGGGAUAAGAGACUGAGCCAGCCCCACUGCACUGCCUAGUGCUGAGGGGGACCAUGGGUGUAGGCUCCGGGGGUGCCAGGCAUCAGUGGGGUGCUGAUCCCUGCCUGUCACCCCCCACCAGCCACCAGCAGGCAGAAGAGAACACCCCCUGCCCCUUCCCUCUGCCCCA